AUGGAUUUCAUUCAAGCAAUGAAACUUGUUAAAGCUACACGAACAUUUUUAAAUGAGAUGAGAAUAGAUGAUAAUUUAUCUAACAUAUUUUCUGAUUCUGAAUCAUUUUGCAAAAGUUUAGACCUAGAAGAAAACAAUAUUCCUAUUAAACGUGCUUCCAUUAAAAAAAAAUAUAAAACAUUAAUGAAGCUGGAUGACAGGUAUCACAAUGCUGAAAAUGUUUUUAAUGAAAUUUCAUUGUUUUCUGCUGAACAUUUACUUCAAAAAUCUUCUACAACAUCUAGCUCGUUUAAUUAUAUAUCUAAAUGGUUAUCAUCCACAAAUAUUGAUCAGGACAGUUUGAGUAUUGACCAUGAGAAUAACAGCAGCGAUAAUGAUAGCACGAGGUCCAAUGAUGAAGAUGCAGAUGUAUUAAAACUAUUAGAUAUUUUUAAAACCCUCAGUAAUACAGGUAUGUCGGCGGCGUUUCCAAAUUUGUACUUAGCUUACAAAGGUAUUUGCACUUUACCGCCAACGUCAGCAAGUGCUGAAAGGUGUUUUUCAAAAUUAAAAUUAAUCAAAACCAAUCUUCGCUCAACAAUGUCAGAAUCUAGACUUGAUCAUUUAAUGUUGAUAUCAUGUAACGCUGAUAUUGAUAUACACAUAGAUGAAGCUAUUAAUAUGUAUGGAUCAAGGUCAAAACUGCUACAAUCAGCACUUUUAUUUUCUUAA